CCAGCAAGCUCUUAGCAUCUCUCGUGGUGGCACACGGAACGGGAUAGAUAGAUAGAUAGAUAGAUAGAUAGAUAGAUAGAUAGAUGUGUUUUAUUAAGAGAUAAGAGAGUGUGAGAGAGAGAGAGAGAGAGAGAGAGAGAGAGAGAGUGUGCGUGUGAAAGAGAGAAAGAGAGAGGGAAAGAGACAGUGGUCGCGAGAGACAAACAAAAAGAGAGAGAAAUCGAGCGAAGCGAUCGAGAAUCGCAAAAGUCGUUUUUUUCAAACCCGACCGACUUCUCAGGCCUUCGAGAUCUUUUUUCUCUCUCUCGUUCGUAUUAAUCUCGACAGUGAAGUACGGGAUUUUUAUAUCCGACUCUGUAUUGGCUAUUGACACGCCGUUUGUUCCUGGUUGAUACUGUCAUUGUUGCACGCCUGGAGACAGGCCCUGGUCGGAGGAAAGUUCGUACGGAUCGUCGGUAACGGAUUGGCGGGAAAUUUGAAUAGGCUGCUGACACGGACUACUGGCAUCCUCGUAUGAAGAUUUGACAAAGUUUCUGUAAACGCCGAGUGGAAGUUAUUCUUGAAGUGCGAAGCGGCGGAAGGGAAGAGUAUUCACGUACACCUAUGUACGAUGUGUGUGGACGCGUGACGUGGGACAAAAUGAGAAUGUACGAUGAUAUAUUUAGUGGUGCGGUGCGCUCGCGAAUGCCGUGCGAACGUUUGUCUGUGAAUUGAGAAAAGUCUGUCAGAGGUGAGAGGAAGAGAGAAAGAGGGGAAAUUAAGUAAAAGAACAAAGUUUAAAGAGAUAUAAAGAAGAUAGUCGUAGUUUGAAAUAACUUUGAAGUUUGAAUUUCUGUUACUUUUUUCUUUCAAAUCGUUAUCGCCGUCGUUGAUUUCUUCAUCUCCGUCCUCUUUUUUCAUCUCGGUUCUUCUAUUUCUAUAUCUAUGAUUACCGCGCGUGUAUACUGGUGUCCGAUAGUAACGCAGUCAGUCACGCUUUAUAGUGAAAAACGGAAACUUAUGUAUGUACUUCUAGCACACCAGAUAUAUACAGUGUGUGUUUAACGCAGGGACACGUAAAAAUUCUCAAGUACUCGUGACAGAUACUUUGCACCGUGUGUUUUGCAUGGGGAUAUCGAAAAAAAUUGGGAUUAAUAAGUGUGCGGUAAUUCGCGAUCGGUUGAUACGGUGAUAAGGAGAUCGGUAAAUUGAUCGUUAAUGAUAAGAAUAAAAAUAAUUGUUCUCCUCGAGAUAAACGUAUUGAGGGAGGGUCUGUGAAGCAAUAAUAAUAAUAAUAAUAAUAAUAAUAAUAAAGAUCGGUAAAGACGAUCGAGAUGACGUCGGAUGAGUGAGACGUCCACGUCCGCUCGCCGCGUAUCCAGAAAACAGAAGAAUAAAAAGGGAAGUGGAAGUGGCGGUGAAAGAAGAGACGAGGAGAAGGAUAAGCAGAGGAAGUAAGGAAGGAAGAAGGAAGAGACAAAGUGAAGAGUCACCUAAAAAUAAUUUCGUUAAUUUUAAUCGACUUCCCCCACUCCCCCCCGCUCCCAACGAUCCCGCCUCCUCAGAAUCCCAGCGACGGAUCGGCAAGAUGAUGAUCGGGAAACACGUCAUCCUCGGCGCUAUGAUAAUUCUCGGGGCCUUAGACGGCCUCGGUCCCGUCGGCCUCCUGACCAGUACCCACCGUCUCGUAGUCGACGCAAGUAACGGGGGCUGCAACACUUGUCGCAUACACGAGGAGAUACGCGCAUUUAGCCUGGAGAUGAUAAAGGAGCAAAUAUUGAGUAAACUGGGACUGAAGCAGGCGCCUAAUAUGACUGGACGUGCACCACCCAGGAUCCCACCCAUCUCCAAGCUCAUGGACAUGUACGGGAUGCAGGCGGAUCAACCUCAGGGCUUGGAGCCCGGCAUUAGCCAUCACGAGGAGUACGACGAUUACGCUGCCAAAACUGAGAGCGUCUUUGCCCUCGCUCAACCGCAUCAGAGGGUGAGACACUCCAAGGGCAGCUUGGACGUUCUGUACUUCAAGUUCUCAGACAAGAUCGUCCAGCAUCGUGUGACCAGGGCUGAGUUGUCACUCUGGAUAUGGGGCGACAACGAGGGCGACUCGCACGAGGGCACCGACGCUGAAGUACCAGUCACGAUUACUCUGCAGAGGAUCCUUCGCGGUGUCACUGAGAGCGGUAUCUCCCUCCUCGGACCCCCCCUCACCACCAAGCACAUAAGACCUCGCGGAAGGUGCGGCGCGUGGGUCACCAUCGAGCUCAGGCGAAUGGUCGCAGAGUGGUUCAAGCAUCCGCGGGACAACCUGGGCGUCGCCAUCAAGAUCGGCUCUCCGGGUCAUCGGCGGAACGUCCGUCUGGUCGAGACCAACCCUGGCGCCGAGUAUGCCCCCUAUCUGGAGGUGCAGACGCAGGAGCUGGACACGAGGCAUGGCGCCAGGAUCAAGAGGAACGUUGGUCUGAACUGCGAUGACUCGAGUCAGGAGACACGGUGCUGCCGCUACAAGCUCACCGUGGACUUCGAAAAGUUCGGCUGGGAUUGGAUCAUUGCGCCUAAAAAGUACGACGCGAAUUACUGUUCAGGCGACUGUCCAAUGGCCUUUCUCCCAGCGUAUCCGAACACGCACAUAGUCUCGCUGGCGGAACCGCCGAAUAACACGGGUCCCUGUUGUGCGCCCCGGAAGUUAUCCGAGAUCACGAUGCUCUACUUCGACAACGAGUAUCAGAUAGUCUUCUCGCGACUUCCGGGUAUGGUGGUGGAGCGUUGCGGAUGCUCAUAGUCAAUCGGUCAGGAUCAUCGUGAUCAUCAGGACGAAGAGGAUCAUCGGAUAUCAGCGUGUUCAUCAGCCAGAAUGACCAGCAUCCGUUAUCUGGAGCAAGAUUGAACAAUCCCUCGUACAGGAUCGUGAUGUGAUGAUUACGCGGACCAUGGACCAAUGACGAUGACGAGGUCGUCAAUGAUUGCGACCGUACGUACAUAUAGAUGGACGGUAUUGAAAAUUAAAAAGCCGCGGGAAUUUUCUCGUAGACUGAAAGUGCCUUGUGUGUGUGUGUGUGUAGGCCGAAUGUGUUUAUAGAAAAAAAAUGGGGGUGGGGGUGAGUAAUGGGACUUGGGGUGGGUCUCGAAGAGGUUGACUAUGAUUUGGCUAUGGGAUAGGGUCUGACCCAGGUGAGUCAGACAAUAAGGACACAGAUACGUAGCGUGAUCGAUAAUGUGUAUCGAUUAAGAUUUCAAGCACGAGGUAUAAUUAUCCCAUCGAGGUGUAUAUGGGCGUUUCCAUGGCAAGGCUAAUAGUUCCUAGCGUCACGGUAUUAUUUUUAAAGCGCCACCGGCACGGUGGCGCGCUACUAUCGGCAACACUGGGGAAUCCCCUCGUUCGCGCAUACGUACCUCGCUAAUCGUGCCGGUGGUCUGAAGAUCUCGGUGUACAGUGAUUACGUUUUUUUUGUCUUCUCUUUUCUAUUGUAACGAUUACACAAUUUUUAACCCCAGCCCACCCAACCCACAAUUUUGUUUUCUUGUCUCACGUGUCUCGUUUAAUUUAGCUCAAAUCCCUAUCCCCUUUUUCCCCACCCUUCCCUCUCUCCCAUCCUUGUCCAAAUAUGCACGUGACACUCGUCGCUCGCGCGUGCUCGCGCGUACUGCGACCGACCUUAUGCGUGACUUAUAUUGAGUUUGUAAGUGCGCGCAUCUCUCUGUGCGUUUGUCCAAAUAAAUAAUAAAGCAAAUAAAAUAAAUGAAUAAAGUCAAUGGACGUGAAAGGAGAAUAAGCGCGCCGUAAGACAACGUUCGUCGGCAAUAACAGCGUGUCGCCUUAAUGAACUUAACGUUUCUUCAGUCCUCGCUAUUUUUCCGUAUAUACGCCUACGAUAAAUGACAAUGACAUUACGUCACGCGUUUCAAUCUCCCUUAAGCACCGCGUUAUUGCCGUUGUUUCAGAUGUCUUUUACAAAAUUCUACGGCUUAUAAAUUGUUGAGCCAUCGGCGAUUUCGGAUAAGUAAAUAAUGGCCAAUCAAUGUCCGAGGGCAAUCACGUAGUUACUGCGGGAAUCGCGGGGCGGGUGGAGAGGGGGUGGACCGGGGGGCCAUAGAUCUGCUCACCACUAACCCCCAACCCUUUCCUGACCCAGUCCCUAUCCUGCCAAACCACUCUUAUCCAUAUGUAUACAUAAGACAGGUGUAUAUAUAUACUCAUAUAAAUAUAUAUACUUAACCUAUUUCAAAUGUGUGACCGGCCGUGGGUCCGUUAUCGCUUAAACACUCACCGUUAUCAAUUCUUUUCGCUUAAUUAUUUUUAAGCUUUAUACGAAACUUCGCCAAUUAUCUUCACCCCCUCGAUCCGCAUUUUUAGCAUUUUUUUUUUAAAUUUACUUCACUGGUUCCUACAGUCCUUUUUGGAUUUAACUUUUUCUCGCUAUCUCUCUCCCUUUCGUCUUUCACUCUUUCGUACACGCCCCUCACCACUAGCCGUCUGUCUUAAUCUUAGAAAAAAUUACAUCGAUACGAAGAAUUGUUCCUGUGCUUCUUAAUACUUGACGAAUUUAACAAUAUUAAUUUAUAAGCAGCCGCUCGGCUAUAUCAUUCUUUUUCUUCGUAUCGUUUCUCAUUUUUCCUUCGAUUCUUUCAUAUCUCCCUCGUUCCUCGUCCAUAAACUUUUCUUAGACCCUCCUUCCUACCGAUCCCACCCACGUUCCCCCUUGUUCUCUCGUAAACCACCAAAUCAUAAAAUCUCGCGUUUUGUCAGUGUAUAAUAUUAAUGGAAUUAUGUACUCAGUAUCCGAUGAAAAAAAAUACUUAUAUGUAUAACGUGUACUUCCUAGGUAGAAUGGAUAGAUAGAAGAAUAUUUAUUCGAUGAAAUAAAUGGUUUUUCGACAAAAAAAAAGAAAAGAGAAAAAGAGGUAACAAUAAUCACGAAGAAUGAACAUGAGGACUACUACGUAUAUUUCACAUGGCACGAUAAUCGUGGGCGUAUAUCUAUAUGUAUAUAUACUACGUGUUACGUUCGUAAAGCGCAAGACGCGCUACCGCGAAAGUUAUACAGGGUUAGCUGUAUAACGAAAAGGGAAGAAACUGGCGGGAAUUUUUGUUGGAGUCGUUUGACUCCAAGAAAAGAAAAAGAAAGAGAUUAAAUGUGCAUAAAUCACUGUGAAAUUUA